UUGCUUUUUCUUCAUCAGGACCCAGACGUGAUUGUAGGCAAGUUCACCAGCCUGUCCGACCCAGUCAACACCCGCCUCACCACGUGCACCUUCGGCAAUGACACGGCCACUCACUCCAAUCCCUCGGAUAAGGCAGCCCUCACGUUUCAGUGGGAGGCUCCCUCUGACUUCUUGGGAGGAGUGGAAUUCAGAGCAACUGUAGCUCAAAGCUACGCGACGUUCUGGAAGAAUGUGGAAUCCAAAGUGGUGGAGGUGGUGAACCGUAACACUGUGAUCACCACCACGUCACCAGCCCCUACCUUCCAGCCGACUACUCAAGCCGCGCCGCCCGUGAUCAUGGAGAGCAGGCCAAGUCCGCCCACCGAAACCCGCGACGAAAUCUACCAAGGCUGCGCAGACACCAAACUGUGCUACGGUAUCCCCGAAAACUGCAUCGCUAGAGGCAACUGCGAUGCCAUCGUAGCCGUCUUCGUUGCUGGUGACAUCUACACCUUCGAGAUCCAGGGAACUAACAACCCUAAAUACAUAGCUGCUGCUCUAAGCAUGGACAGCAAAAUGGGCGACGACAGCGCCAUGGAAUGCGUCAGAAACGACAACGGAAGAGUCAGUCUUUUCACGUCGUGGACUUAUCCUAAAGUAGAGCCAUUCGUCAGAAGGUCAGACUCCCCACAAGAUAUUGUCCAGUUGAAGGAAAGCUCGAAUAUCAAUGGGAAACUGUACUGCAAGUUCACAAGGGAUGUGGUUUCGACAGUCAAGGGAUUCACGUUUGAUUUGGCGGGCGGCAAAUACAACCUGAUGGUUGUCUCUGGUGAUAGCAUGAAAGAGGCUGACCGAGUAGGCUUCCACUCUAUCGCUUUCGGUGCUACCGGGGAGUCUCUGGCUUUAGCUACGGUGGGAACUGCAGCUGGUUCCUCCAAACUCCUCGUGAAGUUGCAUGGAUCCUUCAUGUUGCUGGCCUGGUUGGGAACAUCGUCUAUUGGAAUAUUGCUUGCGAGAUACUUCAGACAAGUUUGGGUUGGCAGACAGUUAGGCGGCAAGGACAUUUGGUUUGCUUACCACCGAAUCCUCAUGGUGCUGACGUGGCUGCUAACAGUCGUCGGCUUCAUCCUGAUCCUAGUAGAGGUGGGCGGCUUCGCCACGACUGGAGACAACCCUCACGCGAUCACCGGCCUGGUCACUGUCAUACUGUGCUUCAUACAGCCGAUUGGUGAGUUUAACCAAAUAACUAAAGCCCUGAAGCCCAUUUUAGGUGGCAACCCUGGUUAG